GCUUGUCUCGUGACGCAGUUAGGUGCUUUUCGUAGUGUGUGUCCUAUCCACUUCCACCGCUUCUUCCUGAUUUCCUCCUCCACUGGAAUCUGGUUUGUUCUCUCCCACAGUUCGUUGUUGCUGAUGGUGUCUGGCCAACGAAUCCGAAGUAUUUUGCGUAGACAACUGUUAAUAAACACUUGUAUCUUCUGGAUGAUGGCUUUGGUAGUUCUCCAUGUUUCCGCUCCAUACAGUAGAACUGUCUUGACAUUUGUAUUGAAAAUCCUUAUUUUGGUUUUGGUUGAAAGUUGUUUGGAGUUCCAGAUAUUUUUCAACUGUAGAAAUGCAGCCCUUGCUUUGCCAAUCCGCGCCCUCACAUCUGCAUCGGAUCCACCUUUCUCGUCGAUGAUGCUGCCCAGAUAUGUAAAGGUGUUAACGUCCUCCAAGGCAUCUCCAUCAAGAGUGAUUUGGUUGGUGCAUGUUGUGUUGCAUCGGAGAAUUUUGCUUUUUCCUUUAUGUAUGUUGAGACCUACUGCUGCAGAGGCUGCUGCUACACUGGUCGUCUUCUCUUGCAUUUGUUGUUGAGUGUGCGAUAGAAGAGCCAGGUCAUCUGCGAAGUCCAGAUCGUCCAGCUGCGUCCUAACUGUCCAGUUGAUACCGUGCUUCCCUCCAGAUGUUGACGUCUUCAUAAUCCAGUCGAUGACCAGGAGAAAGAGAAAGGGUGAGAGUAAGCAACCUUGCCUGACACCGGUCUUCACCUCGAAAGAGUCUGUUAGCUGUCCUCCGUGCACGAUUUUGCAGUUGAAUCCAUCAUAAGAAUUCCGUAUGAUGUUGACUAUUUUCUCAGGCACACCGUAGUGUCGA